AUGUUUACGGAGGAAAAGAAGAAAAACAAAAAUUAUGGAUCAAUCUUUGUCUACUGCUUCUUCUGUUUCGUACUCGUCGUGGAGGUUGCAAGAUUCGCAAAACCUUAUUACAGCAACCUUCCAAACCUAAUGGAGACAGAACUACUAGUAGAAGAAGGAUUCGUGGACGUGGAGAAAUCAGGGGUACUUCCAUGUCCCUUCAUGAGAUCUCGCUCUGCCUCUGUUCCUGCUCGAAAUCACCAGAAACUCUCGGGCGCAAUAAGGCGAGAGGAUAGAGCUCGUCCUCCAUCUUCGUACUGCGUCAAGUUCCAGUCUUUUGCCACUAUGGCGAAGCUGGUCAAAGACAACGGUGACAAGUUCGAGUCACGUCCUUUCUCCGUUGGUGGAUACAAUUGGUACGUACACUUUGGAUAG